CCUCUCCCCGAGCAGGCGGGGCGGCGGCGGCGGCGGCGGCGGCGGUGCCCAGGCUACGCGCUGCCCGUCUUCUGCGCACUGCCUGCUCCGCCUGGCUGCUUCUCCCUCGCUCGCUGCCUGGACGCCGCCGGCCGGCUCCGUCUUCUCCGAGGGCGAAGGAAGCCGAGGGAGGGGAGCGCGGCCAGGGCUGCCCGAGCGGGGCAGGUCACCAGCCCCAAUGGGAAAUGGUUCGGUGAAACCCAGGUACCUGCGGCGGUCGGUCAGCCAUGUCGGAAGCUGUCCUUUUGGUUGUUCCAGUUGCGGCAAGGUCCUGAAGGACCAGGGGUUGAGCAUCAGCACCAUCACCGGAGCAGCAGAUCUUCUGAGAAACAAGAUCUGGGAGCUGGAGAAAGAGCUGAAGAGGCAGGAGGAAGAGUUGCACGAGAGGAGCUACCACAUCUUGGAGCUUCAGGAUCAGCUGGCCAAGCAAACCAAGACCAUCGGAGACCUCACCGAAGAGCUGAAGUGUAAAUGCGUCCAACUGAACAAGCUACAAGAUGUCGUGGUCACUCAAGGGACGAAUCCUUUCCUUUUCCCCAGCCUCACAGAGACACCCAGGGCCAGCCAGGCGGCAGGGAGCAACAGGAGAAGAGGCGCAAAAGAAGGGGUGUCAGCAGAGCCAACUACCCGGACAUACGACCUAACGGAGCAACCUCGCUUUUCUUUCGAAAAAGCCCGUGUCCGAAAGGCCUCCAGCGAGAAAAAGCUUAUCACAGAUGCUCUGAGCAGAAACCAAUUUUUGAAAAGGCUGGACCUUCAACAGAUCAGAGACAUGGUAGAAUGUAUGUACGGAAGGACAUACCAGCAAGGAAACUACAUAAUCAAACAAGGAGAACCUGGCAACCAUUUAUUCGUACUGGCAGAAGGUAGAUUGGAGGUUUAUCAGCAAAACAAAUUUCUGUCAUCCAUUCCUGUGUGGACAGCUUUUGGAGAACUGGCUAUUUUAUAUAAUUGCACAAGGACAGCCUCAGUAAAAGCUGUUACCAGUGUGAAAACAUGGGCAUUAGACAGAGAGGUUUUCCAAAACAUCAUGAGGAGAACAGCUCAAACAAGGCAUGACCAAUAUAGAAACUUUCUGAGAAGUGUUUCUUUACUGAAGAAUUUACCCGAAGACAAACUAACCAAGAUUAUAGACUGCUUGGAAGUGGAAUACUAUGAUAAAGGGGAUUACGUUAUCCGGGAAGGAGAGGAAGGCAGUACCUUCUUUGUUAUAUCCCGGGGAAAGGUUAAGGUUACCCAGACUCCAGAAGGGCAGGCUCAGCCCCAGUUGAUUAAAACGCUGCAGAAAGGAGAUUCUUUUGGAGAAAAAGCCUUGAUCAGUGAUGAUGUCAGGUCCGCUAAUAUAAUUGCAGAUGAAAAUGAUGUGGAGUGCCUUGUUAUUGACAGAGAAACUUUUAAUCAAACCGUUGGAACCUUUGAAGAACUUCAAGCCUACCUCGUGGGUUAUGUGGCGACGUUGGCUCGAGAUGAUGAAAAAAGGCACGCUCAAGUCUCUUCCGUGGAGCGGCUCCCUCGCAACAUCUCUCUGGAGAUGAUUCAGUUGAAAGAAAAAGUUACUCAGUUUCCUGCCUCCUGCCCUUUCCAGCACCUGGAUAUCGUCGCGACUCUGGGGGUCGGUGGAUUUGGGAGAGUUGAGCUUGUGAAAGUUAAGAACGAGAACGUAGCAUUUGCCAUGAAAUGCAUUAAGAAGAAGCACAUAGUGGACACCAAGCAACAGGAACAUAUUCACUCUGAAAAGAAAAUUCUAGAAGAGGCCUGUUCGCCCUUCAUUGUGAAGUUGUAUCGCACCUUCAAAGACAACAAAUAUGUUUAUAUGCUCCUAGAAGCCUGUCUUGGAGGUGAGCUAUGGAGCAUCCUCAGGGACAGAGGUAGUUUUGAUGAAACCACUACAAAGUUCUGUGUUGGCUGUGUGACAGAAGCUAUUGAAUAUUUACAUUCUAUGAGCAUCAUCUACAGGGAUUUGAAACCAGAAAAUUUAAUUUUGGAUGCCCAGGGUUAUAUAAAAUUGGUUGACUUUGGGUUUGCUAAGAAGAUCAGAGCAGGACAGAAGACCUGGACCUUCUGUGGGACUCCUGAAUAUGUCGCCCCUGAAGUCAUCCUGAAUAAAGGCCACGAUUUCAGUGUGGAUUUCUGGUCCCUCGGAAUCCUUGUGUAUGAACUGCUUACAGGAAAUCCUCCCUUUACCGGAGUCGAUCAAAUGAUGACCUACAAUUUGAUUUUAAAAGGCGUUGAGAGGCUGGAUUUCCCCAGAAUAAUAACCAAGCGCCCUGAGGAUUUGAUUCGGCGGCUUUGCAGACAAAGCCCUACAGAGAGAUUAGGAAAUCUGAAGAAUGGGAUCCAUGACAUUAAGAAGCACAGGUGGCUGAAUGGUUUUAAUUGGGAAGGACUCAAACUAAUGAAGAUAUCAUCACCCCUUAAAAGAGAGCUUUCAGGCCCUAUGGACUAUAGCCACUUCGACCGAUAUCCUCCUGAACAGGCCGUUCCACCCGAUGAACUUUCUGGCUGGGAUAAAGAUUUCUAAGAAGACGGCUAGCGAUGCGAUUGUCCUCACUCACGGGUUGUCUGCAGUGAUCGCGCACGUACUUCUUCAGAGCACAGCCGAGAGGCAUCGAAAUGGCGUUUAAAAUUCAAAGGACCACGGAUCACUCUCUAAUUUCCUCUGUAAAUUCCCAACACAAAGUAUUGCAUUGUGAAGCUCUGCCUUCCGAGCAGCAGAACGAAAGGGGAACGAAGGGGGAGCCGGUGAACAGCAGCUUAACGCCCUGCUAAAUUACGAUCUGAAUUCCACAUUCAUCUCCUCGGGAAGUGUGUGUGUGUGUGUGUGUGUGGCACAUUUAUUACAUCAGCAUCUAUGCUGCGAUGUGCUUUGCAUAAAACGCCACUUUGAGCAACCUUGCAUCAGAGAUGAGAAACAUAGGAAUGUGAGAGGAAUUCUGGAAAGAGCUCUUGGUGAAGGUUGCCAGUUUUCUGUCACCUCCCCGGAUAAAUGAAACCCGUUCUUAACAGUGAAUGGCUCCUGAAAACUAAAACGUGCCUCUAAAAUCUUUUCCCUUGAAAAAAAAUAAUAUUACAAUUAAGGUGUUAUCCUUACAAAAAAAGGACACGGUGGCUCAGUGGCUAAGACGCUGAGCUUGUCCAUCAGAAAGGUCGGCAGUUCAGCGGUUUGAA